CUGAAGUUUGUUUUAACCUACUGUAUAAGAGUACAAUGGCGAGGUUCGCCAUUAGGUUUGCUUUUGAAGUCGUUGGUGCACGCCCUCAAACCUGUUUAAGAUGGAGUCCGUUGCCGCACACAAAGAUGAAGUCACUCACGUUGAGUCGAAAAUUGACGAGUUGAAAAGAAAGUCUGUGGAUGCCAAAGACGUUGCAGAUCAUGAAGCUAAGAAUGGUAACGAUGAGCCAGUUGUCAAGAAGAUAAGAAAAGAGACCGAUGAUAAUGAUGGCGAUGAAAAGUCUCACAGUCCAGAGAAUAGACCAAUCGAGGGUGAGUUGUACGAAGAUGGUAACGAAGGUGAGCUAAUUUACUCUUCGGCAUUCAUGCCAUACCCCUUGAUUACUCACACUGAUUUUCGACCUAUAUAUAUCUAAGUUUCAUAAGUUCUGUAAUUUCGACUUUUAGACGAUGGCUCACAAGACACCAAAGGCACCAAUGGAACAAGCGAACAUGUAAACGGCAGUAACGGCGAACAUGUCGGUGAACAUCAAACCGAAAAAUCAGAUGAAGGGUCCGAUUCGGAAUCGGAAGGGGGUGAUGCACCUUCAGUUGACAAGGAAUCAAACGAAGAGGCCAGUGAUUAACCUCGGCAUUUCUAUGCACUCCAGGCAUUUAUGUCUUUUUAUAACAUUUUUAUCGAUUUUUAUUCUAACCCGGCAGCUUUUGCACAAGUUUAUUAUUCACUUAUAUCUAAUAUAACAGAUGCUCGG